GCCGCCAUUUUCCAAAUAAAUUCCUAAGUAAUGCAGAACAAAGUUUAGCAGAAAAUGAUUAAUCGAAUUGAAAGUUUAAUCACAUCGUUAUUAAACGAUUUUUUGUCGCAAGGAUAUGAAACUGAAAUUUGCCUGAAUGUCAACAACAGAAAUUACAACAACAUUAAUAAUAAUAAUAGUAAAUUUUAUACAUGCGACAAUGAACAACGAACCGCAAUAGGAACAUCAUUAGUAUCAGCAUCGGCAGCAUCAUCAUUAGAUAAGCUUUACUACGGGCGUUUAUGUAGUAGACAAAGAUUUGCAUCGUUUUUAUAUGUUCUAGCUGAAGUACAUGAUCUAUUUCUGUCUCGGAGCCAUUGUACUUACCGUCAACUGUACUAUAGGAAUGUUGAUAUAGAAUGCAAUACAUUACAAAUACAAUGUGCUGUCAAUGAUGUAUGCCAGGCGUUAGGUUCAACAUCGUGGAAUUUGGGAAUAUUUGCUGCCGGAAAAUGUUUUAUAUCAGGGCCUUUACUUGUGCACAUGAGUAAUGGCGAUGUCAUCGACUGUGAUGCAUUUAAGGGACCAACACUGAUGCCACCGAAUUUUACGUACAUCGACAAGUUUGUGACAACAGCCAAAUUUGUGUUGGUUGUUGAAAAGUAUACAGUCUUUCAAAAUCUUAUAGUUAACGGCAUCUUUGCAAUGUUAGAUGGCGUCAUAAUAUUGGUAACAGCCCGAGGUUAUCCUGAUAUUUGUACCAGAUGGAUUUUACACAAAUUAUGGAUAGAAAACCAUUUGGGUAUUUAUGCCUUGGUCGAUGGCGAUCCAUUUGGCAUUGAAAUAAUGCUUAUUUAUCGUUAUGGCUCUUUAUCGCAAAGCCUGAAUGCACACGAUCUAACAUGUCCCCAAUUAAAAUGGUUGGGUAUACAUCCCUCUGAUAUCAGUCACAUAAAUACUCAGAGAGAGACAUUAGCAACAAACGACCAUAAGAAAAUUGUAUCACUUUUACGACGUCCCUACGUAGACGAUGAAAUUCGUUCUGAAUUAAUAAUUCUUCGUAGGCUGCAGUGUAAAGUUAAGAUUGACAAUAUGUCAGCAAAUAUGUUCUCUUUAUUCAUAAGCGAUUACAUUGUAAACAAAAUAAACAGACAAUUAGUGCUAUAACUCGAAAUGUACUUUUAAUAAUUGAAUU